AUGGCGUGGAAGCGCAGCAGCGUAAUGCAAAUCUUCAGAUUCCUUCUCUUAGUGAUUUUAUUUCUGCCACACGAGAUGAUGAGUUCUGUUUUAACCGUGAAUGGUAAAGCUGAAAACUAUAUUCUGGACACUCAGCGUGGCUCCCAAGAAUCUCUGAAAUGUGCUGUUCAAAACCACACUAGAGAAGAAGAACUGCUGUGGUAUCGAGAACAGGGGAGAGUGGAUUUGAAAUCUGGAAACAAAAUCAACUCCAGCUCCGUCUGCGUCUCUUCCAUCAGUGAAGACGACCACGGAGUCAGUUUCACCUGCAAGCUGCGGAGGGAUCAGACGGUGUCCAUCUCGGUGGUGCUGAACGUCACAUUUCCCCCUCUCCUAAGUGGAAAUGAGCUCCAAACAGUUGAGGAAGGCAGUAAUGUGAGGUUGGUUUGCAACGUGAAAUCCAACCCCCAGGCUCAAAUGAUGUGGCAUAGAAACGGCAGCAUCCUGAAUUUAGAGAAAAACUACCAAAUCCAACAGACAAGCGAGUCUCUCCAGCUGUCAAUCACCAAAGUCAAGAAAUCUGACAAUGGAACCUACAGUUGUGUUGCAAAAUCUCUGGAGACAGAGACCAAGGAUUUUCACCUGAUUGUUAAAGAUAAAGCUGCGACUGUGCCAAAAGAACCCAUUAUAGCUGCAUGUGUUGUGAUCUUCCUGACACUGUGCUUUGGGCUGAUUGCUAGAAGGAAAAGAAUAAUGAAGCUCUGUAUAAAGAAGGACGACUCUCAGGGGGAAACAGCUCUGUAA